AUGCGGUCUUCUCGCGCUUCCCCAUUGCUGUCCACCUCGUCGUCGUCGUCGACUGUGCUUCACAUCAACACCCAUCAACCACCCACCGUCUCCAGCAGCAGCAGUCUCACAGUCAAAUCCACCAAACGCCCACUUACAGCCGCAGACGUACCCAUCGAAAUAUGGUCCAGAGUUUUCUCGUUUCUGGGUCCUUCCGCCUCAUCUGCCGGGGCGCCGUUCAAGUUUUCCCAGGUGUGCAGGCGUUGGAACGAUAUUGCCAAUGACCCGCAUGCCAAGGCUUCUUUCUUCAUACGGGGCUAUGGGAGGCCUUUGGCACUAUAUCACGCGUUCAAAAGUCACAGACUUUCUCUGUCGGUUGAGGUGGCAGCCCUGCUGAGAAAGAGAGGGGCUGCCCUGCCUAGAUUUCUGGUGCAAUACGUUGAUAAAGAGUAUCAUCGAACCGACAGGGGACAAAAAGCUGUGAGCGUUCCGCUUUACGUGUUCUUUGUACAGGAAGGUUUCAAAGCGUAUGGGAAGGACGCAGAUUUCAAAGAAGACGAUGUUUCACGUUUUGAACGACUUGCUUAUGCCGGGCAAACCGCGGCUGCUACAAAUACACCUCUUACUGAAGGGCUGGAGGCUAUGAAUGUAUUACUCGACGAAUAUGCAUUCGUGCCUGUGAAAGGUCUUGGGUCUCCGAUGGACGAAAGCGUUUUCCUCAUAUCACAGCUUGAUAUCUCGUUGAUUCCGAAGCUCGUUGCGAAUGGACUCAACCUCGAUUCGGUCAAUGAUCAAGUACUGGAACGAGUGUUGUGGCGGGCCGACAUCACUGACGAGAUCCUGCAGCCUUAUCUCAAGCAUGGGUUCAAACUUAGCCCCUCGGCGAUCAGGAAAGGUUUGCAGAUGGCACGUCCUGCUACUGUGGAAGUGUUGAAGAAGCACAUUGACUCGGCGUUGCUGGCCAGCUGCGCAAGUGAGACGGUGGUAGACAUGAUGGGCCCGAUUGUCGGAAGAGGUUGGAGCUGGGCGCCUGAGCGCAUGGACUACAUCAUCAAUACGUUCGGCGUUUCUGAAGAGGCUAUCGCUCGCGCCAUCUUCACCCAUCCAGACUCGGCGCGGCUUCCGAACGGAUCUCGGCCGGAAUUCCCAGCCACUCGAUGCUACAUGAAGGCCAACCCAUGCCCAGUAUGGCGCUGGGUGCUGCAGAGAUACGGCCCACACCACCACUUCACGCAGGCCUGCUUCGACGACGCCAUUUCUCGCGCGGCGGCUGAUCGCGAUUUGCACCUCCUUCACGAUGAGUUCCUUGAAAGUGGAGUACAAUUCUUCCCCCGUCACGUCAAGAUCCUAGCGUGUCGUCUCCUGCACCGGGACAUGACGGCCAACGCACUCCACCUCCUCCAGGCCCUUCGAGAACAAGUUACCGACUCACGCGACGCAGGUCUCCUCGCCGAUUCCGAACGAAAAGAAUGGGUACAAGCCCUUCGCGACGAAGUGGUCGACAACGACGAAUGGAAACAUCGAAUGCGGACCACCCAACUCGAGGGCGGUGCACGCGGCGGUGCUUACAGAAUUACACGCCCGCCACACGACGCCAUAGCGUUCCUAGACGAAGCCAACAAGUUUUAUGAAGAGAUGCUCGUGCCGAUUCCGACCAUUGCGACCGUUGUCCUCCGCAACGCGUCUAUGAGACGACCGAGCCCGCCUACUAGGUCCCCGAGCAUGAAGAGCUGGGUCAAGAGAAUGGGGACCUGGUGGAAGGAACAGGUCGAUCGCGGCGUUUGGGGAGCCAUUGAGAAUGGCGUAUGA